AUGGCGAUGAAACAUUAUUAUAAGCUUGAUUUUAGCAUCUUUGAGCUUCAAAAGAUUAAAGAGAAUUUGGAAGUCAUCAAACCCGUGCUUUUGGAUGCAGAGCAGCAGCUGUCGCAAAAUCCUUGGGUAGAGAUUUGGCUGGAGAAUCUCAAACAAGUCCUAUACGAUGCAGAAGAUGUAGUGGAUGAUUUUGAAUAUGAAGCCUUGAGAAGGAAAGUGACUCGGAAGGUACGCCGAUUCUUUUCUAGCCCUAAUCCACUCGCAUUCCACUUUAAAACGGGACACAAAGUAAAGAAAAUUAGGGAGAGGAUAGAUAAAAUCGCAGCUCUUAAGUCUAAGUUUGGUCUGACUGAGCGGAUUUUUCAUAGACAUGUGAUUCAUAAGAAGAGGGAGAUGACCCACUCCUUCAUAGAUGCUUCUAAUGUCAUUGGGAGGGAAGAAGCUAAAUUUACCAUCAUUGAAAUGUUGUUGCAAUUUGUUGAUGGUGAAAAUGUUAUUUCCAUUAUUCCAAUUGUUGGAGUUGGAGAUGUCCUUGAAUUAGAUAAGGUGAUUAUUGAAAUUCUCAAAUAUGCAUGUCUUGGUCAGAAAUAUGUAGAUAUGGAUAUAGACCAACCACAGAGAACUUUGCGAGAGACUUUAAAUGGAAGGAAAUAUUUGAUGAUCCUAGAUAAUGAUUAUGAGUUAAUAGACAUUGAUUUGGUAUAUUUAUGGAUGGCAAAUGGACUUGUUCAAUCUUCCAAUGAGAAUCAAGAGUUUGAAGAUGUUGGCUUGCGCUAUUUUGAAGUGUUGUGUUCUAGGUGUUUCUUCCUGGAUUUUUCUGAAUAUGGUGGUAACGUUAGAUGCAAAAUGCAUGAACUAAUACAUGAUCUAGCAUUAUCCAUCACACAGAAUGAAUACUCAAUGUUUAUCGGCAGCACUCAACAAUUUGCCAAGAGUCUUCGACAUGUAUCUUUUCCUUAUCCUGAAUCACUUUCCAAAGUUGUUCCUAAAUCCUUACAAAACUUGGAUUGCAUGCGAACCAUUUGUUGUAUAAAUGAAAGAGGAGAUGGAAUAAGUAGUGAAGUGUUCAGUAGGACAUGUUUCUCAAGAUUUCAGUACUUGAGAGUCUACCAUCAAAAGACUACCUAA